CGGUCCACAGCAGGUCGGUGUGCCGCUAUGCCGACCGUAGAUUAAAAAAAAUAGUAAAUACUGUGCCACCGGUGCGACGCGUCGGUUUCCGUCCGACAGUCACAAUCCGUAGACCGGAUUUUGUUUCUAUUAGCAUACUUGUACACGACUCGUGAGUGUCUGACGGGCGGCGACGUCUGACGACAGUGUACCAAAGCGCACAGUAAACGGUUGCGUUAUUCGUACGAGCCUACUCGGCGAGUGUUUCGCGCGAUCGGUUUUGACUGCACCGUCGUCACGUGUUUUUCUUUGACUUUCUCCGUUUCUCCACCGGAUUGCGGAAUUCGCAUUUAGCCGGCAUAACGCGGAAUCGAACAUCUGAAACUCGAAACAAUAAUAAUAUUAUAGUUUACAAUAAAUUGUUUCUUUGUAAUAAAAAUCGUUCGAUGUACAUAAUAUUAUUGUCGUUUCAAACUAUACAAUACGCUGCAUGACGAUUACUAUUAUUAUUAUUACAUUAUAAAUAGUGUUACGAGUUAUAAAUAAUAUAAUAACGUUUAUGUACGAUAAUCGCGUAUUAUAUUCUGUGAUAAUACCGGUGUCACGUUACAACACUUGACAACUGCUGCUGACCACUGCCGCUUUUAGCGCGGAGGAGAAUUAAUUGUAAUAAUAAUACCUAUAAUUAAUAUUGAAAUAGGAAAAGGAGAAGGACGAGAAAAAAGCAAUAACGUUAGGUCGACCGAUGAUUAGUUUGUUGCGUGUUAUCGCGACCGAUAGGCAGUUUGAGAUAAAUCCGAUGAACUUUGUCCUCAGCUCGUGGCUCGCGCGGACACACAGAUAAAUGUGUUGACGACGAUGAAAAACCAGUUUCUGAUAGCCUAUGAUAAAAAAAUCGUUUUGAUGUGAACAAAAAAUUUCAAUUCUACUUCGAUUACGAAAUGGCUAUUUUCGACGUCAGAGAGCAGAGCAAAGUUCAAGAUUCGGUUUCAGUUGUUGAGGACCAAGACCAAAUGGACAACCAUGAUGAUCCUCCUAGUAAAUUCAAGGUCGAAACGAAUAACCGGUUUUGGAGUGUUGGUUCCAAACUAGUGGUCUGUCGAAAGUUUAUCAAUGAUAAGUUGGCAAAGUCUGAAGACGUCAACAGAAUCGCUUUCUAUAACAAACUAAAGUGUUUAGCAAAUAAUGAAAAAGUGACUAGUUCAUAUGAACUCAACAGACAAUUAAGCCAAGAGGAAGUAUUAUGGCAAAGCGAACUUAAAGACUUAAUAUGGUUGGAAUUGCGUGCCAGACUAACCGAUCGAACUAUUACAAAUCAAGACAAGUAUCUAUGCGAAGAGAGAAAAAAUAUUUGCCACCUGCUUGAUGAAAUUAUAAAUUUCAGUUUUAGAUUUGAUCAAUUACAUUCAAGUGCAUCACCUACUUGCGAAGAAUCGAAUAAUAGUUCAGAUGAAGAUCUUGGUCAAUGUUUAAGUCGCAGUGGAUGUCUUGGACUAUUUUGUUCUCGAUGUAUUGAACAACAAAAUCUAGCUCUCGGUCAAGUACAAAAACUUAUGGAAAGAUUAGAGUAUGCAGAAUCAUUAUUUCCAUCUAGCAGAGCAUUUGCAGUACAAUAUCCUUUGUUUAAAAGCUUAGAAUUCACCAAUAGAGUUAAGGCCAUGUGCGUGUGGUAUAAUAUGACUAAGAGACAGCGAUUGAUGUUGUUAAUUUUAGGCAGACAUUUGAUGAAAGAAGAGGAAGUAGAAUUGGAGCCAUUAAACCAUUUAAUAGCAACUAAUAAUUGUAGUUCAGGUUCUCCCAGUGUAUCAAACGAUAGUGGUAAAGGUUCAUUAACACCUUCUCCUAGAACUAGUAUUGAGAAUCAUGAAUUCAAGUUCAAAAGGUCUACUGCAAAUUAUCGUGAACCAAUAUCAUAUAAAGAUCUUGAUUUAUAUAACACUCAGCCUAUAGCACAUCUUAGACAACAUUUUUUCCCUUACACAAUAGGAAUAAAUACAUCUUGCUAUGCGUCUCAAACCUAUAGGCAAUUUAUUGCUGGUGUAUUAAAAACUAAGGGUUUAAGAAAAGCAUUAAAAUUUCUUGAUGAAUUAUACAAAAAUGUAUUGCGUAAAGCACAUUUAACUCUUAAAGAAAAAUUGGCAGUGGAAGAUGAUAGUAAACAUGAUGUACCUCAUGAUGAAGAAUUAUUGCGAUAUGGUUAUUGGAGCCAAGAAUCAGAACAAUUGAACUUACCUUCGUAUAGAGGUACAUUUAUUUUUUUAUCUCGUAUUCCAUUGGAUCUUAUACACGCUUAUCUUCGUAUGAGACUUGAUACUAGACCAGAGAAACCUUCCAUAAUGAGCAUCAGACAAUUAACUUGCGAACUAAAGGAAGGUUUAAUGCUAGCUGUUGUGCAUAGGAAACGUUUUGUCCGUCAUAUACAAUCAACAUUAUGGUCUGAUAAAGAAAUUGGUAUGAAAAUAUUUAAAGAACGUAUAAACCACUUUGACGAGUGUACCAAAAUUGUUUUGGAAGUUUAUUUGGGGUAUAUGCAACAAUGGGUAGUGAUGAUGGGGUAUUGUAAAGCUCAAAAAAAUAUGCUAGAAGAAGAAUGGAAUGACAUGAAAGUAAUAAUUCCUCAUAUUCCAGAUGGUAUGACAACAGUUACAAAAACUUUUUGUGAAAUUGCCAAACACAUGUUAGAAACAAUAUUAAAACACCACAAGGAUCAAACGUAUAAUCAAAUUAAAAUGAUAGUACAAAAUGUUGAUCAUUCGCAAACCAAGCAAAAUUUAUUAGCCAUAUGCAGAGAAUUACAAAAUUUGUUGAGCUUAUUCAGAGAAAAAUCUUUUCUUGUGAUGUCAUUAGUUAAAAAUUUAUGCAAAGAUAUGAUUGAACAAUAUAAAAAAGAUAAAAUGAACAAUGUUAAGUUUGAUGGUCCUUUGUCUCCAAUUUUAACUACAAUGAUACCUUUAAAAGAAAAAUUAUUGGAAGUUUGUCGGUGUAUUAUAGAAAUAAUUACAUCAUUAGAAGAUGCAGUUGAUACUUGUAACAGUGAUAUCGACGAUAUAACUCUAGCUCCCCGUAUUCGAGAAGUAUUACAUCAAAUGUAUAAAUUUGGAUUUGAGUAUCAUAAAGAAGCUAACAAAAUUAUGUGUGGUCCAUAUAAAGAUCAAGCAACUCUCUACAAUGUAUCUAUUUCUAAACGUUGGAUAAACUUUGUUCAUAAGCGAUGUGAACCUGGUCGAGGAUUAAAGCCUAAAUGGGCAAAUAAUGGAGUUGAUUUCUUACUCAGUGUAUGUGAACCCCAGAAUGUUGCUGGACUUAGUGAUGUGGAUUUUAAGGAUUUUAAGAUUUUGAUAGAAAAUUGUGUAUUAUAUAUUAUUGGGAAAUUGGACGAUGGUGGUUCGUUUUCAAACCCUAAUGUAAUACAAAAAAAACGCCAUUCUUCUGCAAUUGAAGGGAGAAAUAAAAUUUUGAAGACUGAAAAAAAUUUUAAAAGUGAUAUUGAUAGAAAUGUACGCGUCAUGGAUGCUGUUAAUAAACUGGACCAUAAAUUAGAAGAGAAAUUGCGAUCACAAGAAUUAAUUGGUCAAAUUCGACAUGAUUAUAAUAUAGAACGUAUUGAGUAUGUUCGUCCUCGUCCUGUACAUUUUAGUUGGCAACGAGGCAUAAAAAUUGGACAAGGUCGUUUUGGUAAGGUGUACACUGCAGUCAACAAUGAAACUGGAGAACUAAUGGCUAUGAAAGAAAUACAAUUGCAACCAUUUGAUCAUAAUGCCAUUAGAAACGUAGCUGUUGAGUUGAGGAUAUUUGAAGGGAUUACUCAUGAACAUCUAGUUAGAUAUUAUGGUGUUGAAAUUCAUAGGGAAGAGAUGCUCAUAUUUAUGGAAUUGUGUGCUGAAGGGACAUUAGAAAAUUUAGUCGCUGCCACAGAAAACGGACUACCAGAAGCUCUCCUUCGUAGGUUUACUAAACAAUUAGUUAAUGGAGUGGACAUUUUACAUCAACAUGCCAUCGUUCACAGAGAUAUUAAAAGUGCAAAUAUUUUUUUGACUGACGGAGGAAACUGUUUAAAACUGGGUGAUUUUGGUUCAGCUGUAAAAAUGAAAGCGCAUACAACAGUUCCGGGAGAACUUAAAGGGUUUGUCGGAACACAAGCGUACAUGGCUCCAGAGGUUUUUAUGAAAUCCAAUACAGAAGGACAUGGUAGAGCUGCAGACAUUUGGUCAGUAGGAUGUGUGAUAAUUGAAAUGGCUUCAGGCAAAAGACCGUGGCACGAGUAUGAUUCCAAUUACCAAAUCAUGUUUAAAGUGGGUAUGGGCGUGACGCCAACUAUACCAGAUACACUGUGUGAUGAGGGCCAACAGUUUGUUGACAGCUGUCUACAACAUGAUCCGUAUUCAAGAGCAACUAUUUCGGAACUACAAGAACAUAACUUCAUCAAAGUUAUGCCCGAAGAGUGCGUUUCAUGUCGAAUAUCUUCAACUGCAAUGCUGGAAGAAUACAUUAAAUUGGGUUUUAAACGAUAGCAUCCUAUACUUUUUAUGUUAUUUUAAUCCUAUACUGUAUACUUAAAACUUUAUAUUUGUGCAAUUUUUUAAUUAUUUACUCAUAUUCAGUUUGGGAUAUUUUGUUAUCUAAUAUAAAUUUUUUUGGCUAGUUUCACUAAAAUUAGACCAUCACAUAUUGAUUUCAUAAAAAUGUUUUAAUAUUUUUUGUUGGGUCAACAUAUUCUAAUGGUAGAUAAAACUGUAAAUAUAAUUUUUUAAUCUCUAAUGUAUCAUAAUGAAAAUUAUAUAUAUUACCUAGUAAUUAAAUUUUAUCAUACUAGAAAUUAAAAAAUAUGUAUUUAAAUCAUUGGGUGACAUCAUUAUUGGACUAAAAAUUAUAAAUAAUUUUUUUGGUUAUUUUAAUGAAAAAAAAAAAUAAUAAAUAAAUAAGUGUUAUAAUUUAAUUAUUUAAGAAACAAAAUAAAUUGUAUUACCAUGUUUGUAAGUAGUUUUUGAAUGCUUAUUAUGGUUGUGUAUUAUGUAGAUAGUUUUAUAUAUACUAAAUGCAACUUUUAUUUUAAAAUAUGUGCCUUACAUUCUAUUUCUAUGUAUUAGUUUUAAUUAUCGAUCACAUCACAACUAGUGCAAUAUCUUAUGCGAACAUUUGUUAGCAUUAUUAAUAAUGUUUUACUGAAUAUGAAAUACCAGAUACCUCAUAUCUAUAUUUUUCUAUAUUUAUCAUUAUUUUUUGUUUUGUUUUACAUUAUGUAUGAAAUAGUUACUAAAUAAUUUAAAUUAUAUUCUUAUACAUGCCGUCCUUAAAAAAAUAUAUUUAUGUUAAAAAAUGGUUAAUAAUAUAUAUAUUAUACAUGUUAAUGUUAUUUUAUUAUAAUUUAUAAUUAUAAAAUAAAUCAUAUUGCUAUUAUCAAGGUCUCUAAGGGGCUUUGCUACGAUUAUUAUUUAAGGAACAACAUUUAGGUAAUUUAUAAUCUCGUUUUAGCCAUUCGUGAUCUAUAUGUUAGUUGUAAAUGAUUAUUAGUAACGGCUGGAGCUGCCGACAGAUGCCACUCGUGCGUGGAUGUACAUGUCAAUAACUCGAUAAAAUAAAUUUACUUUAUGAAUACAA